AUGGCCAGCAACUCAACCCGCCUCCGCGCGAUGGCCCUAUACAAGGAGCUGCAUCGCCUGGGCAGGGAUUAUCCGGACCCCUCGUAUGACUUCCAGGGCAGAGUACGACGGAUGUUCGAGAAAAAUCGACAUCUUACGGAGAAAGACGAGAUAGAGGAUGCCUUGAAACUGGGGGAAUACAUUAAAAAGGGUGCGCACAGUACCCGUUCCGCUCGUACCACCAUAGCUAACCGCCGUCUUGCCCACUUACGAACCAUGAACCUUACCCAUCCCCGACGUCUACCGUCUGUGUCGUAUCUGCGCGGCUGCGCUGCGGACUUACAGAAACUCUUGCGCUCUAUUCAUUGCGCAAAUACCGACACCUCAAGCGAAUGUACCCAAGCUCGACAACGGAACCGAUUACAGAUCACCCACCAGAAACGAUACGCUCUCAUUCGCAGUCGCGCCCCCGUUAAACGUUAA